GGAUAGAAAUGCACAAGAGUGUGGAGGUUCUCUAACAAAGUGUCAACACCGUACUGACGCUUGACCCGGAGGGAGGGGCUAGCGGCACGCAGGAGCUCGUUGGACCUUCGGGUCAAGAGCGUACGCUUUGUCCGGACAUUUGUGUCGCUCCGUUCGGGAGUUUUGGGACUUGAACAUCUCUUUGAGUCCGCCGGGGGAAAACGACGGGCGAGACUCGAGAGACAGAGAGAGAGAGAGAAAAAAGAGAACGGACGCGCGAGGCGGCUGAAAUCACAGCAAAGCAAAAACUGGGAAGACACUCGGAGGGUUGUUCACAAGCGCCCAAUAUAGUAACGUAAACCGGAUAAACUCAUUGUUCCCCUCCGGCCUGGAUGUUUCCGGAGUUUGCUGCUCAAGCAGGAUGGUCGCGCGGUCCAAGUAUUGCUCUUUCCUUUCUUUUUUAGCGUGUUUCCUCAAAUGAACUGAGAGAGGACGGGCGGGCUUGCUCGCUUUGAGCCAGCAACGCAACACGUCUUGUGUGUGCGUGUUUGUCGCUGUACAUGUCAAAGCAGCCGUUUUUGGGACCACACCUUCACUUUUCAUGUUUUUUUUGUACGCCUGGAAAACUUUUGAAGGAUGAAGAGGAGAAAAAAUUUCGAGUGACGCCGCCGCCGUGUAGCUUAUUCCGGCUUUUUUUUUUUUUAAUAAAUUUUUUAUUUUUUUUUAUUUCACUGGUUUACAUCUCCACUCUUGGCUGACAUGCGCCCAUCACAAAAAGUUAUGAAUUUGCCCGAUAGUGAAUGAAAAACGAGGGAGUGAGCGUGUGGUAGCUUCCAGCCCUGUGGGAACCCACUUGGCGGACUCGUCACUUUUGCUUUGCGUUCGUGAGAUUGUGAGCGUAUUUGCAGCUGAACGCUAUGGAGGAGUGGAGGCAAUGCGGGCGCUGGCUGAUCGACUGCAAGGUUCUGCCCCAGAACCACCGGGUCGUGUGGCCCUCAGCUGCCGUGUUCGAUCUCGCGCAAGCCUUGCGUGACGGCGUGCUCCUGUGCCAGAUGUUGCACAAUCUCUCCCCUGGAUCCGUGGACCUGAAGGAGAUCAAUUUCAGGCCACAGAUGUCACAGUUCCUGUGUUUGAAGAACAUCCGGACAUUCCUCAAGAUAUGCCAUGACAAAUUUGGCCUGCGGAACAGUGAGCUCUUUGACCCCUUUGACCUCUUUGAUGUCAGAGACUUUGGCAAGGUGAUCUCCACUCUGUCAAGGAUCUCCCACCACAGUAUUGCACAAAUCAAAGGCAUCAGACCCUUUCCCACAGAGGACACAGCCUUGAAUGAAGAUGAUGUGUACAGAAGUCUUGAGGAGCUGGCAGAUGAGCAUGACCUGGGUGAGGAUGACAUCUAUGACUGUGUGCCGUGUGAGGACGAUGGUGAUGACAUCUAUGAAGACAUUAUUAAAGUGGAAGUACGACAACCCAUGAUCAGAUACAUGCAGAAAAUGGGCAUGACAGAAGAUGACAAAAGGAAUUGCUGCUUAGUGGAGAUCCAGGAGACUGAAGCAAAGUAUUAUAAGACUCUAGAGGACAUUGAGAAGAACUACAUGAUCCCAUUGAGGCAAAUUGUGAGUCCACAGGACAUGGAGGCCAUCUUCGUCAACCUUGAGGAUGUGAUCAAAGUACAUUUUGCUCUCCUUCGAGCCAUUGACCUCAACAUGGUCACUGGAGGAAACGGUUUGGGAAAGAUCUUCCUCGACUUCAAAGAACGGUUAUUGAUCUAUGGCCAGUACUGCAGCCACAUGGAGAAUGCCCAGAAGACACUGGAUGAACUAAUAGCAACACGGGAGGAUGUGAAGAUCAAAGUAGAGGAAUGUACUAUGAAAGUGCAGGAAGGCAAAUUCAAGCUGCAGGAUCUUCUGGUGGUUCCCAUGCAGAGGGUACUCAAGUAUCACCUACUAUUAAAGGAACUUCUGAGUCACUCGACGGACCGACCAGAGAGACAACAACUGAAAGAGGCGCUGGAGGCGAUGCAGGACUUGGCCAUGUACAUCAAUGAGGUCAAGCGGGACAACGAGACACUGAAGAAAAUAAGUGAAUUCCAAAGUUCUAUAGAAAAUCUUCAGCAGGUGAAGCUGGAGGAGUAUGGGAGGCCAAAGAUUGACGGAGAACUUAAGGUCUGCUCCAUUGUCAACCGUACUAAACAGGACCGGUAUAUUUUCCUGUUUGAUAAAGUGGUCAUUGUCUGCAAGAGGAAAGGUUAUAGCUAUGAGCUCAAAGAGAUUAUUGAACUGCAGUCUUAUAAGAUGUCUGAUGACCCCAUGAACAACAGAGACAUGAAAAAGUCAAGUGGAAAAAUGUGGUCUUAUGGCUUCUACCUGAUCCACCUGCAAGGAAAGCAGGGCUUCCAGUUCUUUUGUAAAACAGAAGAGACAAAGAGGAAGUGGAUGGAACAGUUUGAAAUGGCCAUGUCCAAUAUCAAACCGGAAAGAGCCACAGCUAACCAGCAUAACUUCCAGAUGCACACAUUCGACAAGAACACCAACUGUCGAGCCUGCAAGAUGCUACUGAGGGGCAUCUUCUAUCAGGGUUACUUCUGCUCUCGGUGUGGAACGGGAGCACACAAAGAGUGUCUGGAAGUGAUCACAAUCUGCAAAAUCAAUCCUCUUGACUCGGAACCUGGAAUGUCUUCUGGUCCCAAGAUGGUCGCAGUGAGGAACUACCACGGUACACCAGCACCACCGGGAAAGGCAGCUCUCUCCUUUCAAACAGGAGACUACAUCGAGCUGCUCAAGGGGGAUCCUGACACUGCCUGGUGGGAGGGAAGGCUGAUACAAACACAAAAAAAUGGCUUCUUCCCCAGUUCCUGUGUAAAACCUUACCUUGACCCAAAGCCCUUCCAAUCAUUAUCCAGCCGGCAAUCGUCAAGAGAUGCAGACUACUAUGGAUAUCCUUGGUUUGCAGGAAACAUGGAGCGCCAGCAGGCUGACAACCUCUUAAAAUCCCACAGCAGCGGGACCUACCUCAUCAGAGAGAGGACGGCUGAAGCAGAGAGGUUUGCCAUCAGCAUCAAAUUUAACGAUGAAGUGAAACACAUCAAAGUAAUUGAGAAAGACAGCUGGAUUCACAUCACGGAGGCCAAGAAGUUUGAAAGCCUUUUGGAGCUGGUGGAGUAUUAUCAGUCCCAUUCACUCAAAGAGAGUUUCAAGCUGCUAGAUACCACAUUGCGAUAUCCCUACAAGGCAAAGGAGCGCUCAUUAACACGGACCAGCACCCGCUCGCCAGCAGCCACCUGCGCCUCCUACAACUUCUCCUUCCUCAGUCCACAGGGCUUGAACUUCUCCUCUCAGAGCUCAGCUCCUUUUUGGUCAGUGUUUACGCCUCGCGUUGUGAGCACAGCGGUGGCCAGGUAUAACUUUGCGGCACGAGACAUGAGAGAACUUUCACUGCGAGAAGGAGACGUCGUCAAAAUAUACAGCAAGAUUGGUGGAGACCAAGGCUGGUGGAAGGGCGAGGCCAAUGGACGGAUUGGAUGGUUUCCCUCAACCUAUGUGGAUGAAGAAGGAGUCCAGUAAGGGUUGGCUGUUGCCCACCCCUCACCCUUAAAAAAAUUAAAUAAAAAUUCAGGAAGCAUCUUUAAUAUAUCUGCUGUUCUCAGAGGAAAACACCUCACUCUCUCCAGGAAAGAAACUUUUUUUGUUGUUGCCGAUGCUUUUGCUGGAUCGCAAGCACCUUUCCACCAUGUCCCCUGUCUUCAAGUAUGCCUCAGCUUUGCUCUAGUUUUACAGGAUUGCCCUGUUUCAUUUCUGUACCGUUUAAGAGGGCAAACGUCACUUGCUGUGUGUUGGCCUCUGUGUGAUCUUCAGAGGCUUUACGUAAACAUGGCAAAAACAGACUGUGAAUAGCUUUACUUGGAAAAAAGAACAUGCGGACCUCUGCGAGGUCAAAUAAUUGUACAGUAUAGAUAAUUUAUUGAAGAGAGAUUAUUAUCAUGACUAUGGUUUUGUGGGGAUUUAGUAACAGCAGAAAAUCUGCAAAGAAAACUAAAACAAGGAGAGAGGGGUAAAAAAAACAGAUGCUCUUUUUCUUUACACAUUGACAGAUUUUGCCUUAGUUGUCAUGGUGAUGCCUUGUGGGUUGACUCCAGUGAAGAGAAUAGACUUUGUUGACUGGCUCAGCUUCUCAUGCAUGCAUGUGUCCAUGUGCGGCCGACACCCACACACACACACCACACACGCACACCAAUGUACAGUUCGGUGCCUUUGAAAGACUGCUUUGAACCUCAACCGUAAGAACAUUUGCCAUCCCUAAAAGGACAAUGCAAAGGGAAAAACUCGAGAAUGGGGACUUAACUCGGCUGCUGAGUCACUGAAUGCAAGAAUUUAACUGAGAGAAUUUAACUAUAACUUGUCAGAAUGGAGUCACAGUAAUACAGUCAAGUUUUUCAUAGCAAACAAUCACAGUUCACAUCAGCAGGAUGUGAAAGGGAAACAAGACCACUUCACCAACACAUCUAAUGUUUUUUGCAUUUUUAUUUAAUAUCCAACUGAACCAAUAGCUAAUGUCAGCCGUGUUUUACAGCCUGCAUGAAAUUUUAUUUUUGUUGUACACUGCCUUAUUGUUUUUUUUUACAGAUAAUCAGGUGACCAGAUGUUUCCUUCCAGUUGUCACAUGAAAUUCUCUUUGGCUGGUGCUGUGUCAACUGGUGAGAAUUAAACUGCCAUAUAAGAAAUGUGUCUGUGUGUGUGUGUGUAUGCAUGUGCGUGUGUAUGUGUGUGCGCUCAUCGUCUGCACACACUCAGAAAACAGUGUGGGGGUGUGAUACAGUGCCAAGUGUUUCAGUUUACCUCUGGUGAUUGUUUAGCACUCUAUGCAUAGAUCAAUGGCCAUGUAGAGCGUAAAUGGCAGACAUAUUUCCUUACUGCUGUCCCCAGGGAGCACAUGGUUUUGUCCUUCCACCCAUUCACACGUUCUAUUAUUUAUUGACAGUUUUCACUCGACUAUUAAGUUUUGGCUUACAUGGCCAUAUGUCUACCAAGUGUCUGUUCCAAACUUGGAAGUGCCCAUUCAUAUGAAUGGGAAAGUGAAUUAAAGACCCUGUAAAGUGAAAUCAGCGCUUUGUUCCAAAAUACAUUAUACAUCCAUCCAUCCAUUCUCAACACAGCUUAUCCUGUUCAGGGUCACGGGGCGCUGGAGGCUAUCCCAGCUGACUUCGGGCGAAAAGCGGACUACACCCUGAAGUGGUCACCAGUUAGUCGCAGGGCACAUAUAAACACAGACAACCAUUCGUACUCACAUUCACACCGUCACUGAAUGGGAGCAACCCAUGCUGCCCGCACCAAAGUCAGGCGAGUGUACCACUACACCAUCAGUGACUACAUUAUACAUAUUUGAAGAUAGUUGCUGAAAUUUUGCAAAGAUUGAGAACAAUGUAGUACCCAGUUGUGGAGGUGUAGCCUUGAACUGUUUUUCAUCAUUUAAUUUUUCCUGAUUUUCUUUUGAGUGGCUAAAAUGGUGCCACAUGACACACUUUGGAAUCUGACAUAAGUCACUAUGGGCAAUGUUCCCCAUUUGUGCGCAAGCCUUUUUUUUUUUUUUUUGUACCUGGCUUGCACACCUUUCAUCCUUGCAUUUUGUCCCGUCCAGAUCUAUGACACGCAUAAAACAUUCGUAAUCUGUGACUUUGUGCACAACCACCAAAGAGGCGUGACUCAUGGAGUUUUUUCUCAGACUUGUCACUGUCAUAGAAAUCCAUUUGUAAAAUAUACCAUCCUUUAAAUAAAAUUUUUAAAUUGUAAUAAAAUACCUUAUGUAGUGGAUGUGUCUUCGCCGGUUGGACGUGCGCGCCACUUCGUCAAACACACUACACUUUGAAAUAAAUCUAUCCAUCCAUCCAUUUUCUGAGCCGCUUCUCCUCAGCUUAUCCUGUUCAGGGUCGCGGGCGUGCUGGAGCCUAUCCCAGCUGUCAUCGGGCAGGAGGCAGGGUACACCCUGAACUGUUUGCCAGCCAAUUGCGGGGCACAUACAAACAAACAACCAUUUGCACACACAUUCACACCUACGGGCAAUUUAGAGAUGUCAAUUAACCUACCAUGCAUGUUUUUGGGAUGUGGGAGGAAACCGGAGUGCCCGGAGAAAACCCACGCAGGCGGGGCCGGGGACCGAACCCCGCUCCUCAGAACUGUGAGGCAGACGCUCCAACCAGUCGCCCACCGUGCCGCCUGAAAUAAAUCUAAUAAAGUCCAGUGGGGUGGGAUAUUUUCCAGCCACCAGAUGGUUUAAGCGGAUAUAUUUUCGUGGAUUGAAUUAGGGAUUUGUAGGCAGUGGAAAGAUUCUAAACAAGGUUAGUUCAUUUGUUUUUUAGAGCUCUCAGUGCCACAAGGUACACAGAGGCCGCAAUUUUGGUUUCUGUAAUCUGUAGGUUUUUAUGGGAGCAGGUGAUUGGCCUACUGCCCAACCCGAGCACCUGGUAUUCUCAGGUGGUCCCCUAUCCAAGUACUAACCAGGACAGACCCUGCUUGGCUUCCAAGACCGGACGAGAUCGGCACUCUCAGGGUACCACGUGGGGUUCGAAACGAGGUAGCAUCCAUUUUUCUAGGUUAUAGCAGUGUUAUUUGAUCUGUUGACAGUUGAGUGGUGCAUGGUUUCAACGGAUUUAGUGGACACGCCCACAGUGUUUGAGAGCAGAAAGAUUUUGAUUUGAGAUUUUGAAGCCUCAUUUUAUAUACUUGAUGAUGAUUCAAAUUCGACUAGGUUGUUAACAACACUCUAUGAUGUAUCAAAUUUAGAAGACAUCUAUUUUCACUUUACAGGGACUUUAAAUACAGAGACAAAAGAGGACAUUAUUUUACGCAUUUACAGUACAUUCAAUAAUUAGUAUUGGUCAAUAAAUUAAAUAGUUUGUAACUUUGGAAGUGUGCGCCAAGCACACUCAAACAUUAACUGCUAACACUAAGCAAAUGAGGUCUGGAUGUUUGUAUGAACUUUCGACCGUCCAUGGUGUGCAUUACUGCAAAGGUGCAGUUGUGUGUAGGACGGGGGCACACAGGUCGCUUCCAUGUUGUCUUGAUUCAGUGAAGAGCUUCUCACCAUUUAUGUCCUGGACAAGAACAAGCCAAUGCAUGUAGCUAUUGAUAUUUCAACUCCUGUCAGUACACCCUGGAAAAAUAUUGUAUGUACAUCAUUGUGUAUAUUUUUGUUGAAUGGUCGACUAUUUGCAAAUGAGGUCUAUCAUGGAAUAAAUAUUUAAAAUUU